AUGCGUUCGUUGGUCGUCUGCUGUUUGCUACAGGCUUUAUCCGUCCUCCGCUACACUGUGGCAUCGUAUCAGGAACGCAGAUUAUACGAGGAUUUAAUGCGCGACUACAACAAUCUGGAACGACCAGUCGCCAAUCAUUCAAAGCCGGUUACCGUAUACCUCAAGGUUUCUCUUCAACAAAUUAUCGACGUCGAUGAGAAGAACCAAAUUGUUUACGUGAAUGCUUGGUUGGACUAUAUAUGGUACGACUACAAGCUCUCAUGGGAUAUGAGUGAGUAUGGCAACAUAACAGAUGUUCGAUUUCCUGCUGGACGGAUUUGGAAACCGGAUGUGCUACUUUAUAACAGUGUCGAUGCGAACUUCGACUCCACCUAUCAGACAAACAUGAUCGUCUACAGUGAUGGAAAAGUGCACUGGGUACCGCCGGGGAUUUUUAAAAUCUCCUGCAAAAUCAACAUCGAAUGGUUCCCGUUCGAUGAACAACAAUGCAAAUUCAAGUUCGGUUCGUGGACCUACGAUGGGUACAAGCUGGAUUUACAACCGGCCGAGAAGGGAAUUGAUGUGUCCGAGUACUUGCCGAAUGGAGAAUGGGCACUGCCAUUAACCACCGUAACAAGACAUGAAAAAUUCUACGAUUGCUGUCCUGAACCAUAUCCUGACCUAACUUUCUACCUACAUAUGAGGAGGCGCACACUUUAUUACGGGUUCAACCUCAUCAUGCCGUGUAUUUUAACGACAUUGAUGACACUAUUGGGUUUCACUUUGCCACCAGAUGCUGGCGAGAAGAUCACUCUACAAAUCACUGUACUUCUCUCGAUCUGCUUCUUCCUUAGCAUCGUAUCCGAUAUGUCACCGCCCACAUCAGAGGCGGUUCCUCUUCUUGGUAUUUUCUUCAGCUGUUGUAUGAUUGUUGUCACAGCGUCCACCGUGUUUACAGUGUAUGUGCUUAAUCUUCACUAUAGGACACCGGAGACGCACGAAAUGAGCGCUACGAUGCGUUCCAUUUUACUGUAUUGGCUGCCAUGGCUAAUACGGAUGAAGCGACCGGGAGUGAAACUUACCUACGCGUCGCUUCCUUCACUUUUUAACCCCAAACUCAAAAGUCAUUCUGAAUCGCUCAUUAGGAAUAUUAAGGAAAAUGAAUCUAGCACUUCUAGAUCAAACUCUCUUGAGAUUGAACGACGUCUCCACUUCUACAUGUCCUCAUCAGGGCUUAUGAAUGGAGUUUCACCACCGCUAACUGCAAUGCAGAGCUCACAGAUAACCGCUCCUAUUGAUCUUGGUCAACAAGCGACACUGCUCAUUUUGCAGCGGAUUUAUCAUGAACUAAAGGUGGUGACAAAGCGCAUGGUGGACACGGAUCGUGAAGAGCAAGCAUCAAAUAAUUGGAAAUUUGCCGCUAUGGUGGUGGAUCGACUAUGUCUAUACGUGUUCACAAUAUUUAUAUUAGCCUCAACUGUAGGAAUUUUCUGGUCGGCUCCCUAUCUUGUCGCCUAG